UGUGUGCUAAGGUGAAAAAGCGAAGAACGACCGUCUACUUUUUCGAAGCCUCGCUGCUGUCCCGAAGUCAGUGGAGCAAUCCCAGAGUCCAAAUAAAAUUCGAUACGAUGGCGUCCCUCUGUGGAAGAUUAGUGCUGAACGCUGCCCGCCGCAAUGUGACCUACACUCCAGUGCGUUUCUGCAAAAUGAUGAACGACCCGGUCGAGCACGCCACCGGCCUGGAGAAACGCGAACUGCUGGCCAGACAGGCCGGCGAUAGCGAUCCCUUCGAUAUGCGCGUGUUCAAGCGCGGCCCGGGCACCAAGGAAAGCCCGAACAUGAUUCCAUCGGCUUUCGAGUCGCGUCUGGUUGGAUGCGUCUGUGAGGAGGAUCAGACCUACAUUCAGUGGAUGUGGCUGCACCAGGGACACCCCAAGCGUUGCGAAUGUGGUCACUGGUUCAAGCUGGUCGAGAAGGCCGCUAUCUAAGGCGUUUUAACAGAAUGUAAUUGUAGAGAACAGCAACCAUAUGUUACAAGCAAAAUAAAAGGAACGAUUCAUAAAAAGGGAAAGAAUCAGUAAUUAUAACCACUCUUCGUUUAGAACAGCGAUCAAGUUCAAAUAAACAGUAAAUUGAGAAAAUUGAA